AUGCAUGUCAAGCCUGCAGCCAUUUUUACUUCUGAGACAGGUUUCAGGGGUGAUAUUGAGAGGGGCAAGAAGAUUUUUGUCCAGAAGUGCGCUCAGUGCCAUACCGUGGAGAAGGGAGGCAAGUACAAGACGGGUCCCAAUCUCCAUGGUCUGUUUGGGCGAAAGACGAGUCAGGUCACUGGAUUCUCUUACACUGAUGCCAACAAGAACAAAGGCAUCACCUGGAAUGAAGACACGCUGAUGGAUUAUUUGGAGAAUCCCAAGAAGUACAUCCCUGAAACAAAAAUGAUCUUCGCUGGCAUUAAGAAGACUGAGUGGGCAGAGUUGAUAGCUUACCUCAAAAAAGUUACUAAUGAAGAUACCACUAACUUC